AUGCUUUGCGGCUACGACGGUCAGUAUCAGUUAUUACAAAACAGAGCAUUCCAACAAGUGCAGCCAAAUGAUGCCUCUUCGCUGUAUCCGUGGGCCCCCGUCGACGGAGCUCAGCUCACAGUGGUCGCGGAUCCCGUCCCCGUGUCUAAUGCGCUCCCGAACUCCUUGGAGUUUGUUGUGCCCUCCGAUUCAAGCGGUUCAGUGGGCUUCAGCAACACCGGAUAUUGGGGCAUCAAGAUAGACUCUGCGUGGACGUACAAUGCGUCGCUGUACUACCGCUUUCCGAGCGCGUCAGCCUUCUCCGGCAUUCUUACCCUUGGGCUCAAUUCUUCGUCUGGCACGAUACUCGCGUCGAACUCGACAACCAUCAGUGGCGCGCAAACAACGUGGAAGCAGGUGUUCCUCACGCUGCACCCGACAGCAAGCGCAUCGGACAACAACAACACGUUCUUCGUGACCGUGGAUGGCGCUGCGGCGGCAGGCGAGACAAUCAACUUUGCGAUGUUCUCCUUGUUCCCGCCGACGUAUAAGGACCAGCCAAAUGGCAUGCGUAUUGAUAUUUCCGAGACCCUAGCAGCGAUGAAGCCCGCGUUCUUCCGUUUCCCCGGCGGUAACAACCUUGGACAAACGUUUGCAACUCGAUGGCAAUGGAAUGCCACUGUCGGUCCGUUGCUCGACCGACCAGGCCGUGUUGGCGAUUGGGGCUACGUGAAUACUGACGGAUUAGGCCUAUAUGAGUACCUUAUUUGGUUCGAGGACGUCGGUAUGGAACCCUUCAUGGCAGUUUGGGCUGGCUACUCCCUAGACGGGGAAAGCAUUGCAGAAGGGGAUCUCGAACCUUAUAUCCAGCAAGCGAUUGAUCAGAUUAACUUCGUGAUUGGAGAUCCAGCGACAAGUGCCCCAGCUGCAUUACGUGCCGAAUUGGGUCACCCAGAGCCGUUCACUCUACAUUACGUCGAAGUGGGGAAUGAGGACUUUUUCUCGUCUACGUACACGUACAGAUGGCCCGCGUUCGUAAACGCACUGCAAGCCGAGUUCCCUGACUUGAACUACAUCGCUACUGCAUACCCUUUCAACCCGCCCAUAUACCCGACACCGCUCCAGUAUGACGUGCAUGUGUACCAGACUCCAGAGUGGUUCGUAGAGAACGCUUUCUACUAUGACAGCUUUGAGCGUAACGGGACGAAGUACUUUGAGGGCGAAUACGCCGCGAUCUCGACGAAUCCCAACGAUCUAUACGGAACUCCGGCGGACGGACGUCUUUUGUACCCCACGAUGCAAAGCUCGACUGGCGAGGCGGCGUUCAUGACGGGCCUCGAGCGGAAUAGCGACAUAGUUUUCGCUGCAGCCUAUGCCCCUCUUCUGCAGCUCGUCAACGACUCCCAAUGGACCCCCGAUCUUGUCAGUUUUGACGCUGGGACCGUCUACCCGUCUACUAGUUACUAUGUCCAAAAGCUGUUCAGCCUUAACGUCGGUGAUGAAUACCUUCCGAGUACCCUUCCUGCUGUAAAUGGCACAUUGCAUUGGACCGUCUCGCGCUCAUCGGCCUCCGGGGAUGUCUUCAUCAAGAUUUCCAAUACCGUGAGCACGGAUGCCGACAUAACAUUCGCGUUGCCGUUCUCGUCAGUCGCCAGUACUGGCACGCUCCAGGUGUUAAGUGGCGGACAGAACGAUAGUAACACUCCCGUGACCCCGGAUCUCGUCUCACCUGGCAAUAGCACGAUCACGACGGGCCCGACGUUCGACUACACUGCGCCAGGGUACAGCGUUAGUGUCAUCACAGUACACACGGCGUAACUGCCACUUAGCAAUGAUGUUGGUGUAUUUUCAUAUUGAAAUACGGGAACGGAACUUUUAGGCCGCUUUCUGG